UCUCUUCCUUUCUGUUGCUCUCUGAUUUCCCCUUUUAUUUCAUUUUUUCAUUGUAUCAAACGCGGAAAGAUUUUAUAAGGAAAGAAUUGGGGAGAGAUUUUGUAGAAUCACGUGUACUUUUCGUCUUCUUCUUUUUCACUUUUUAUUUUCCUUUCUCGGCGGGGCCUAUCUCCUUUUUCGGAUCAUUCUCUCGGUCUGGUUGUCUACUUGUCUACUUGUCUGGUUGUCUGGUUUCUUGGGUCUAGGUUUUACUUUUUAUUUCACUUGGCUCUUUUUUCCUCUUUGGCUGUAUUGGCGACGGCGCUUGUAUUUGCUUGCUUUACCUUUUUUUUUUUUCCUUUUACUUCCAUAUCUGAUGAUCAUAUACAAGGUCUAUGAGGAUUGUGUUUGUUUGUCUGUGGGUUCAAUGUACACUGGGUAUGUGUUUUGUGUUAUGUGUUAUAUGGCCAUGCGAAAUGCCAUGCCAUGCAAUGCAAUGCAGUGCAGUGUAGUGCGAUUUCAACUGCGAUUGCCAUCGCGGUGGCCAUGUGACUUUCUCUUUCGAUUAGUUGAUCCUUUUUCCCCCCGCGAUUUUGAUGUUUAUGUUAUAUUUACUUGCAGUGGUGUCUUGUCUUGCAGGUUAUAUAGGUUAGGCUUUUUCGUCUUUUUAUUGGUUUUAUCAGGUUUGUCGUUUUUAUCUUUUUAUCAGGUUUAUCGUCUUUUCUAUUUUCUUUUGUUGUUUUUGUUUUUCUCUUUGUUUGUUUUCUUUUCAUUUUGUUUGAUAUUGUAUUUUCUUUUUCAUUUUAUAUUGUAUUUUCUAUUUCAUUUGAUAACUAUUGUAAAGUUAAAGGAUAUGAUAUCCGAAACAUUUCUACUUCUUCACUACUUGUUAUUAUGCUGUCUGUCCUGUGACUCCUGUGACUCCUGUCUAGUUGGUAGAUUGAAUGUACAAGUAGUUGAAACUCGUUGUCAUUGGUAUUGCAGUGUGUGGUCGAGUAAUUGUAGUUAUGUGGUUGUGGUUGUAUGGCCAUGAGUCGUGACUCGUGGCCAAUUGACUGAAUUGAUACCUACCUACCUACCUGGGGUACACAGAUAGGUAGGCGAGUAAAAUUAUUGUAAUAUGUAGCAUGUAUUCACGUCGUGUUUAAAACUUUGAGUAUAUAUAUGACUGUCUGUAUGUCUUUUGUACGUUGCAUUGCGUGUGUUCCCUUACCAUGUUUAUAUGUGUUUCCUUUAUGCAUUUGCACUCUCUUGAUGUAUUGUCUUUUUUUUUUUUUCCCUUAAAAUGUUAGAUCUUGGGUGUUGAGUCUUGUACCUUGUA